AUGAAGUCGUAUUUAUACCACGCCGUCCUCCUCCUGACAGCCCCGUUGGUUACCGCAAAGAAGAACAACCUUCAAUGGGCAAUAUGUGAUUCUGACCCUCAAACUGUUCUUCAAAAGCUGGGGCUGGGGACACCAGAACCCUACAAGGAGAAUCCGAUUACCUACUACGACACAAGCCCUCCGGUAUACAUCUCCGAUGGCCUCAUGUUCCGCACCAAGACAUCGAAAGGCGAAGAUAUUUCCACGGUGAAAGUACGACUGCAGCAGGAAAGCUCCGAUGUCCCCGACUCCGCCGAAUGUGUUUGGGAUCGUUACGGUGAAAGUCCCACGUACACCUGCGAGAAGCGAUGUCCCCUGCGAGAAUCUACCAUCUGGUGCGACCAACAAAUCGAGCUCGCCGAGCACUACGAAAAGGUCAACUGGGAGGAGCUUACGAAUUAUGGUCCGUAUCCGAAUGCCAAGUGGAAGAUACGGAUCGAAGGUUAUAAAGCCAAGUUCGACAACGUCGCGGCUGGCUCGCUGCACCUGAUGGAAAUCGAAGCCAAAGUACCGAAAGAGAAGGCAGAUAAGGCAUAUGAGGAAGUGACUCAACACUUGGAAAGCCUUGGGAUUGUAUUGUGUGACCCUCAAGAAGGGAAGACUGCCAGGCUCUUUCGCGCCAUGGGUUAUACCAAGGAUGAGCGAGACGAUCUUUAG